CUGGAGGUGACUCUCCAGGGGAAAACACUGGAAGUAGUUCCAGGAAGUGAAUCCUCUCCCUGCCCCGUCGUGUGGUCCUCCAGCUAAGGUACUGUGCCCUCCUCCUCCUCUCUAUCAGCUCACAUCACUGCUGUUACACGAGACACAGGAGAUCUGUACACGCGCAGGCUCACGCUGUGCCGCGCGCACCCUCCCUCCCCUCCCCCCACCCCCCAUCUACCCGGGGCUCGUGCGUCUGUGCGCAGAGAGCCGAGAGAGUCAGAGCCGCGAGUGAAGAGCGACUCAGAAGUUCUCAGCAGCGGAGAAGCUUCACCGGGAGAGGCUGAGCCGAGCGGAGCAGCUCUCCAGACUCCAGGCGGGCGGAGUGUUGGGGACGAGGCGGGGGGGGGGAAGGAUGCUUAUCCGAGCCGAGCCGGCAGCUGCUGCCUCUUCACCUCGUCGCCGCAGACGCGGAUUCCUCCUGUAACUUUGAAGGUGUUCAAGUUUACCUCGGCUCGUCUUUAAGCGUCCGGUUUCGGCUGUAGGUGAGCCGCUCGCACCGCCAUGCCCGCUCCAUCGGUCCACGGAGCGCUCUUCCUGUGCGCCUUCCUCCAGAUGUUCCCGCUGCCCGGCGGACAGACGGUGCCAAACUGCCAGGAGGUCCGCACGGUGUUCCACUCUCUGCACCCGGGCUCCAAAUGGGUCCCCGAGAACCCGGUGUCAGGUGCGGAUCUGCAGGUCUGCCAAACCAAAGGCCCGACCUGCUGUUCCAAGAAGAUGGAGGAGCGGUAUCAGGUAGCCGCACGCAGCAACAUGGAGUCGGGCCUGCAGGUUGUCAGCGCUCAACUCAAGCGUCUCAUCAUCGGGAAUGCUGCCAUAUUCCAAGAGGCCUUCGACCUGGUGCUGCGACACGGCCGUAACUCAACCCUAACCAUGCUGAAGUCGGACUUCCCACGUCUUGGAACAGGUGCCCAGAGCUCUGUUGGGCAGCUCUUCCUGGACAUGUCGCUCUACAUCCUGGGCUCGGACUCACAAGUGGACCACAUGGUGACGGUGCUCUAUGGUCGCCUCUUCCCCCUGGCGUACCGCCACCUGCUGGGGGGCAGCGUGUCCACUGCGACUGAGGAGUGUGUAAGAGGAGCCUGGAAGGACUCAGGAGCAUUUGGCUCUUUUCCCAAACUGAUGAUGACCCGUCUGUCUCGCUCCCUCCUGGCCACACGAGUCUUUCUCCAGGCGCUCAACCUGGGCAUCGAGGUUGUCAACACCACCGACCACCUGCGGCCCGGCCGGGACUGCAGCCGGGCCCUGCUGAGGCUGUGGUAUUGCCCGCACUGCCAGGGCAUGCUGGGGCCGCCAGCUUGCAGAGGCUUCUGUCAGGCGGUGAUGCAAGGAUGUCUUGGGGGGGCGGCCGAGGUGCAGCCCCAUUGGAGGAGCUACGUAGACGGACUGGGGAAGCUGGCGGGGGCCAUGAGGGGAGAGCAGGACAUGGAGGCGGUUGUUCUGAGGCUGCCUUCAAUGAUCAAACUGGCUCUCAGGCACGCUGUGAACGCACGCACCCGUCUUACUGCCCUGGUGAGCGGGAUGUGUGGAAGCACUCCUCCUGCCCGUGCCUCUCGCUCCGUUGGAUCUCAUCCUCUCCAGUCUCUUGCUGUCUCUUCAGCCCUCAACGCCCAGCCCCUGUCCUCGGACUCUGAUGAGACUCUGGCCGGCCUCCGCAGGGAGUUCAUAUUCAACUUGAAGGGCUUCAGCUCCUUCUACAGUGGUCUUGGGGAGGCGCUGUGCAGCCGCGAGCCUGCUCCAGCAAACCACUCCCUCUGCUGGAACGGGCAGGAGAUGACAGACAGGUUUGCUGGGCCUGGCCUGAAACGGUCGCACCCUGGCUCCGAGUCUCGAAGCAACAAGCCUCCUGAGCCGGUCAUCAGCCAGAUCAUAGACAAACUCAAGCACAUCAACCAGUUGCUGCGGCUGGUGACGGUGUCUGAGAAGCGGUGGAGAGCCCGGUCGCGUGGAGCUGGCGGAGCAGUGGAUGGAUGGAGCGACGAGGGGGAAGAGGGAUUCGAGAGCGGUGACUGUGAUGAUGAGGAUGAGUGCGCUGGAGUGUCAGGGCUGGGGCCGCCACCAAGGCGCAAACGGUUACGCAUCUUUUCAGACCUUGCUGAUAACCUGGCAAUGGACGACUUCACCUUCCAGGAGCAGCUGCUGACCCCUCGCUUGGCCCCGGCCGGAGUCGGAGGCGUCUCCUCACCUGCGGCUCCGCUGUGGAGCAGCAGCCUGGUCCCAGCGCUCCCCACCAUGCUCGCUCUGCUCCUGCUCUGUCGCCACUGACCACUGCACACUCCCAUCACGUCUGAGGAACGUGACAAACUUUUUGAAAGUUCCAGUUCCUGAUGUAAAGUUCAGCAGCUCAUUAAAUGAAGCAUGAACGAGUAAAAAAAAAAAAGAAACAAAUAAAAAAUAUGCCACAUUUCUCUUUAUCUGUCUCAGCGAGAAGCUGUUUUGUUUGAUUCAAAACCACUGGAUGUUCUCAAGAAACCUAUUAAAGCACAUCAGAUAAACCCACAGCAUCGUGUAAAUAAGAAACAUGCACUCUGGUUCACUCCCACUAUGGUUACUACAACUUUUUAUGCCCUUUUGCUUCACCUCCUCUCUGCUCCCGUACUGACUCCUGUAUCAAAACAAAGUGACGGGGGCUCCUCGUCGUGAGACAGCUUUGUCACCGUCCUGCUAGUGAGGAGCUCCUCGGAAAACAGACUCACAACAGACCGUUUAAAUUGCUCCCACUCCUAGUCUGCAACAGGUUACUGCCCUGCAGAAACAAGCUGGAAGGAGAGGAAAACAUUUGUUGCACUCCUUCACAGCAGUCAAUAAUCUCCUGCCAGGACUGGGGAGUUGUUGUGAACUUCUUAUCCUCAGAGGCUGAGACUAAACCAUUAUUUAAAGAUGCACUGUACCUUAAAAUGCUCUGUUGCUACUAAAAUCUAACUUUAUUUCUCUCAUUUUUUGUGUCCUAGUGAUAGCUAAACUACAUCAGACUGAUUCACUCACUCACAUCACUUUUGUGACGCUGAUUUUUUCUUUUUUGUAUUUGUUUUUGAGCCCGACGAUGAAAAAAAGUUUCAAGGGCUAUCAUAAGAGCUCCCAAUAAGCCUGAUAACUGUACAGAUGUGUGUUUUUCUGUGUUAGUGCCAUGUUUACAAAAAUAUGUUUCUUUGAAGUAUCAGCAUAUUUCACAGAAUUUGUGGUUCAUGGAUUGAUUUAUUGGCUGGACUGCGAAGCAUUGCUGCAAAUUUCUAGUUGAUUCUUUAGCACUGUGGGUUACGCCAGGAGAUAUAAAUAUGUGUAAAAACGUGUAAAUUAAUUUUGUAAUGUCGGUUUGCAUCUGGCUUACACAUUCUUAAAGUUUGGCCUAUGUAUUUAAAUUUGUUUUGUUUUGUUUUAAACCAGAAGUUUUUAUUGCUUGUGGUGAAAACUGGUUUCCAACCCCAUGGUUAGACUGAAUGACAUGUGAUGGCUGUUUGACACUAGUUAAAAGCUCAAGGUGUAUCUGCUGCCACGCAGCUGACUCCACAGCUGUGCGCCAGACUGUCCAUCCAUUCAUUCACCAUUAGCUAUAAUCACUUAUCCUCCAGGAUCACAGGACGCUGGAACCAAUUUCCAGCCGGUAUUGGGUGAUAGUCCCGAUGCAUCCUGGACAGGUUGCCAGUCAAUCCCAUGCCGAGACCAUUCACAUUCACAUCUACGAAUGCAAUUUAGAGUUGCCGCUUAACCUAUGCUGCAUGUCUUUAUACUGUGGGAGGAAAUCGGGAACCAACACAGGAACUGUUCCAGCUAACCAGCAAGUAUCAGAUUAUUUGACAGUUUGAGGGAGAGCGCUUUGUUCCCUCUAGGUGUGCAGUAAGUCAUGUCAGUGAGCCAGCAUGCAGAGUACCAGGGGCCUGACACUGCAACACCUAAACAGAAUGCAGCCCUAACGUUAUCAGUUACACCUGUGUUUGUCACGGCCCUCCUAACAAUUCAGGACAAUGUCAGUCCUUGGGUUAGACAUGGAUAAAAUGAAAUGACCUGUAACAUUACAGUUUGGGGUUUUCUUUAAUGUUGAUGACGAAAGUACAAUGUAUAAUAAAUGAAACAUGUUUUA